CGUGGAACCUGAAAAGUCUGGGUGCUUGCAGUUACCUUCUCUCUCUCUGGGCGUCCGCCGGCGGGCCGUCAGCACCAUGGACAGCGGCAGCGUCCCGGUGAAUGCCAGCAACUGCACCGACCCCUUCGCCCGCGCUUCCAGUUGCGCCCCAGCACCUGGUCCCAGUUCCUGGGUCAACUUCUCCCACUUAGAUGGCAACCGGUCGGAUCCGUGCGGUCCGAACAGCACUGAGCUGGGCAGGAGCGACGGCUUGUGCCCCCCGACCGGCAGCCCCUCCAUCAUCACCGCCAGCAUCAUCAUGGCCCUCUACUCCAUCGUGUGCGUGGUGGGUCUCUUCGGAAACUUGCUGGUCAUGUUUGUGAUUGUCAGAUACACCAAAAUGAAGACUGCCACAAACAUCUACAUUUUCAACCUUGCUCUGGCAGAUGCCUUAGCAACCAGUACUCUUCCCUUCCAGAGCGUCAAUUACCUACUGGGAACAUGGCCCUUUGGAACCACUCUCUGCAAGAUUGUGAUCUCCAUAGAUUAUUAUAACAUGUUUACCAGCAUAUUCACCCUCUGCACCAUGAGUGUUGAUCGCUAUAUUGCAGUGUGCCACCCUGUCAAGGCCCUGGAUUUUCGUACUCCCCAUAAUGCCAAAAUUAUCAAUGUCUGUAAUUGGAUCCUCUCUUCAGCCAUUGGUCUGCCUGUUAUGUUCAUGGCAACUACAAAAUAUAGGCAUGGUUCCAUAGAUUGUACACUAACAUUUUCUCACCCAACCUGGUAUUGGGAGAAUCUUUUGAAAAUCUGUGUUUUCAUCUUUGCCUUUAUCAUGCCCGUCCUCAUCAUUACAGUGUGCUAUGGGCUGAUGAUCUUACGUCUCAAGAGUGUGCGUAUGCUCUCUGGCUCCAAAGAGAAAGAUCGGAACCUGCGAAGAAUCACCAGAAUGGUGUUAGUGGUUGUAGCUGUGUUUAUCAUCUGCUGGACUCCCAUUCACAUUUAUGUCAUAAUUAAAGCCUUGAUUACAAUCCCCGAAACUACUUUUCAGACUGUCUCCUGGCACUUCUGCAUUGCUCUAGGUUAUACAAACAGCUGCCUGAACCCAGUCCUUUAUGCAUUUCUGGAUGAAAACUUCAAACGAUGCUUCAGAGAGUUCUGUAUCCCAACUUCCUCUACCAUUGAGCAGCAAAACUCUACCCGAAUUCGGCAGAACACAAGAGAUCAUCCCUCCACGGCCAACACAGUGGAUAGGACUAACCACCAGCUAGAAAAUCUGGAGGCAGAAACUGCUCCAUUGCCCUAAAUUCCUCAUGCCAUUCAACCCUCACUGAUCUGGAAAACCACGGGGACUCAGUAGCAAAUCACUGCAGGACAUUUGGGAGGCUCUAGUUUCCUAGGAAAGAGCCACCUU